GAAAUAUAGCUUGGCCACUUUUCUGCUGCUGCCCUUGUGGAACGGAGUGGGCAGUCUGCUUACCAGCAUUAGAAGCAACAGCAGAAGAAAUAAAUGCCUGCCUGCCUGCCUGCGAAUGAAUUUAUUUUGUUAUCACUGGUAGCUCUCCCUCCCUUUGCCUUGCAUGCCUGCUUCCGUCCAGCUGAGGGCUGCCUGUUGAAGGGACAGGCCAACGACGUCACGGAAAAGCCCUGUCUCUGAUCAGAUGGGCUUAAUAUAAACCAGGUUUGCUGAGAACGAAUUAGAGAGGCAGGCAGCCCCAGAGACCGAAGAAGGAUUUUCCGUGGGAGACUGGUUCAAGAUCCACCAACUCUCUGACAAAAGGGAGUGAGACCAAGAGUGCUGACUCUGGUUGAGACAGGAGAUUCUGAAAGACAGCAAGGUAAAGGGGGGACAAAAGCCAUGACUCUGAACAAUGUCACGAUGCGUCACAACAGUAGUGCCUUGCAAUCCCAGCAGCAGCGCUGGAGCAUCCCAGCAGACGCAAGGCAUUUGGUGGUCCAGAGAGACCCUCGUGAGUCCAACCAACAGAAAAGGUACACCAUCAACCCUGAAGAGUAUUACAGAAGGAGCUGGUCAUCGGAGUCUUCCGAUUCCGUCAUCUCAUCCGAAUCGGGAAACAGCUACUACCGAGUGGUCCUUAUAGGGGAACAAGGAGUCGGCAAAACGACCAUUGCCAACAUCUUUGCAGGUGUUCACGACAGCAUGGACAGUGACUGUGAAGUGCUAGGAGAAAACACAUACGAACGAACCUUACUGGUAGACGGUGAAAGCGCAACAGUCAUCCUCAUUGACAUGUGGGAAAACAAGUGUGAAAACGGAUGGCUUCAAGAACACUGCAUGCAGGUUGGAGAUGCGUACUUGAUCGUCUAUUCCAUCACAGACCGUGCAAGUUUCGAGAGAGCAUCAGAGCUCAGAAUACAGCUCCGCCGGGCACGCCAAACAGAAGACAUUCCGAUUAUUUUAGUGGGCAACAAAAGUGACCUAGUCAGGUGCCGGGAAGUGUCUGUUUCAGAAGGCAGAGCGUGUGCUGUUGUGUUUGACUGUAAGUUCAUUGAGACAUCAGCAGCCGUCCAGCACAAUGUGAAGGAGCUGUUUGAAGGCAUUGUGCGUCAAGUGCGGCUAAGAAGAGACAGCAAAGAGAAGAAUGAAAAAAGGCUGGCAUAUCAGAAGAGGAGGGAGAGCAUCCCUAAGAAAGCCAGGCGAUUCUGGGGCAAAAUUGUAGCUAAAAAGAACAAGAACAUGGCCUUCAAACUGAAAUCUAAGUCUUGCCACGAUCUCUCAGUCCUUUAGAAACAUUAGACAUUGUCCUUUAUGAACACUAUUUGACUCCAUUUCAAACAAUACAUCAGUCUAUAUUAGACUGAUCAACAAGAAUUAUAAGACUGACUUGGAUUCACAACUGUGAUUAUUGUGACAAAAUCUGCAGGCAAUAAGCACAGUGUUAUGCAUGCAUGGAAAAAGGAAUGCCAUUUAUACUUUUUUUGGUUUUAUUUUGUUUAUUGUUUAAGGGUAUGACUGUGUUGGGUGUGGAAGAUAACUUUUGUCUUAUCUGAUACACAGGAACAUUCCAAAUGUAAGUGUGUGUUCACAAAAAUGCAAACUAUUUUCCUUGUUGCCUUUUGGAAAAAUGCCUACAAAUCAAAAAAACAUCAUUCAGAGAAUCAGCUUGGUAUUCUCAUUCUUAUUUCUUGCUAUUUCUUCUAAAAGCCAAGAAACUGAGAAAGAGAAUUGACAGAGAUGCCUUCUCCCCUGUAAACUAGUUGAUUUUUGUAAGUGCCAACAGCGGAAAAUCUGUUUUACAAUAUCAUUUGCUUCAAUGGCCAAGUGAAAGCUAUCAACAGCAUCUAGCUUCUCAAGUGUUUGGACAAAGGGGAAUUCUGCAUACAGAGAGUUACACUCUUAUGGAACAAUAUGGUGGAUGGAUUUGUAUGUCAAUAAUAAAGAGAGAUGGAUAACAUGGGUUAGGUUAUUGCUAGGUUUAGUUUAUUAAUGCUAAACGAUGCCUAGAAGAAUGUUGUGUUUACAUCUUCAGUCAUUCAAUCAUUUUUAAAACUAGAUGCCGUGUCAGCCAAGAGAGUUUGGGAGGUGUAGUCAAAAAGUAACAUUUCCAAGAUAGGUUCAAAACAUAACUUUGGAGUCUGAGCUUUGCUAGUACCAGAGGGAAUGGGCUGGAUGGCGGUCCUCCUCAUUCUCCCUUUCUUCUAGAAAAGCAAUGUGGAAACUUUGGUUCUCUAAAUGUUUUAGACUUCAGCUCUCAGAAACCCCAGUCAAUACAGACAGGUAUAUGUGAUUGUGGGAGUUGUAGUCUAAAACAAUAGUUCCCAUACUUUGGUCUUCAGAUCCCAGAAUACCUGGCUAAGGUAUCUGAGGCUUCUGGGAGGAGAAGUCCAAAAUACCAGGAGUAGAAGAUGGGAACCACUGGUCUAAAACAUAAGAAGAAUAGAAAGGGUCUUGUGCCUGCAUACUUCCUGGAGCCCUUCCAUUUACAAAGAGCCAGGUGUGAGUCCAACACAUACUUAUAGGAUGUAUUUCUGUACUGCAACUUUCUGUGUUGUUAUACAUGAUAUUUCUCUCUCUAAUGCUAAAAGAAGUAGAAAAUAGAAGAAAAUCAAGUGCAAAAUGCCAAUCUUGAGGCACAGGGGAGAUCUUUUAUAAAAAUCCACAAAGAUAUUUUGUGCUCAGAUCUAAUGUUUGUAUUAUGCCAUAACUGUUUGUAUUUAUUAUCUUUUAAUUAUUGUAUUUUUAAUGGGUCAACUCUAGAAAGGGGUGGGGGCAGGGAAGAUGUAGUCUUGAAAUAUAUUUAUUAAGUGACUUCCUAAGAAAAAUGCUGAUUUUAUUACUGUUUUCUAUAUGAUAUCUUUUUGGAUUAAGCAACGUUUUAUUUACAUGCCUUGUAAUAAAUCAAUAAAAAGUUUUGUUAUCUUUGAA